GUUACAGAUAACAACAGCAGUAGAAUGAAUACGGUUCCGACGUGAAGUUUAAAAUCGCGCGCUUAAUUCCAAAUGCGCGGGAAAAUUGAUUGACCAAUGAAAGCGCAGCGCGGGAGCAUGGAUGGGCCGUAGGAUGCGCGUCACUCCGGCGCCUCUAUACAUAUUACUGCUUAUCUGCGCACCAAUUUACACUUUCAUAGUCGGAGUUGAUGGUCCACUAUCUCGGCAAGAAGCUUUGGAAGGCGGCAACACUACGUUCCUCUGCGACACAACACCGGACUCCACUGACGACGAGUUUAUGAUACUAGUAUGGUAUAGAAACAACGUGCCCAUAUACAGCUUCGAAUUUCCAGACAAAGAAUGGGCAGACCCUGCAUUCAACACCAAUGGAAGAUUGAAGGCAGAUUUGUAUAGGCAGCCGACGGCUUUAGUCGUCACAGCUCUGACGGAAGACGAUCAGGCGCUGUACCACUGUCGAGUCGACUUUAGGCUGUCGCCAACCAGAAAUGUCGCAGUCAACCUCACCGUCGUAGUUUUACCGAAUCCCCCAUUUUUUAUGGAUGAAGUGAAUAACAAGGUGGCGGAUAAAGUGGGUCCGUACCACGACGGUGACACGCUGGUGCUGCGCUGUUUGGUGAUUGGAG